AUCGCUGUGCCACUCUCUCCCCGACCCAGCGCCACUCCUUAACUUGAUAUCUGUUUACUUUAGAGGAGGCAGUUUUGGAGAAAGGAUCAUAAAUAUCCUGGCCCAGUGCCCCAGGAGCCAUGACAAGCAAAAGAACAUACUCGCCUAGAGAUAGCCCUUGUGAUAUUUAAAUGUGUGGGUUAAUUUUUUAUCCACUUUAAUAACUGGAUUAUUCCCCUCCACCCCUCCUUUGCUUUCUAUUUCUGCUCGGAAGCCGUGGGCACAGAAAUCUCUGCAGGCAGAUUACUCCUGAGCAUAUUGCAGGACAAUCCUAUAACCAACAGAUACAUUUGCAGCAUCUGGAUUCCUGAUCUUUCUUCGACAUGGCAGGUGUGAGUGGCUGUUUAAAAUAUUCUAUGUUUAUCUUCAACUUCUUGUUCUGGCUAUGUGGCAUCGUGAUCCUGGCAAUAGCGAUUUGGGUACGAGUAAGCAAAGACGGUCAAGAGAUUCUCAGCCCUGGGGAUUCUAGCACUAACCCCUAUGUUUCAGUGAAUAUCUUGAUUGCUGUGGGUUCUGUCAUCAUGAUUCUGGGUUUCCUGGGAUGCUGUGGUGCCGUGAAAGAAAGCCGCUGCAUGCUUCUUUUGUUUUUCAUAGGCUUGCUUUUGAUCCUGCUUCUGCAAGUAGCAGCAGGCAUCUUAGGAGCUACUUUCAAAUCUGAGUCCGAGCGCAUUCUGAAUGAGACUCUCUAUGAAAAUGUAAAGCUUUUGGAAGCAGCAGAUAAUGAUGCCAAAGCAUUCCAGAAAGCCCUGGCUGAAUUUCAAGAAGAGUUUAAAUGCUGUGGUUUGGUCAAUGGACCUGCCGACUGGGGAAAUAAUUUUCAACAGAAUUCCAAGUCAUGUGCAUGUCCAAGUCCAUCAGAUUCUUCUUGUACAUUGUAUGAUGGCAAAUAUGUUUACAAACAGCCAUGCAUUUCUUUGAUAAAAGACGUAGUUGCAAAACAUAUUCUCAUAGUAAUUGGAAUUGCGUUUGGACUGGCAGUAAUUGAGAUACUUGGUCUGGUAUUUUCUAUGGUCCUGUACUGCCAGAUUGGGAACAAAUGAAUCUGUGGAUGUGUCGAGGGCUGCUGUGAAAUUAAAUGGGACAAUACAUGCAAAAUAUUUUGGACAUAUGGUACAGUUAGGACUCAGUAGGUGUUAGCAGCUAUAAUAUCAUCAUUAUUAUCAGAAUAAAUAGACAGCGUUGGCAUUUAAAAAUUUACUUAUCAAGUUUUGAUUUUGAUUAUGAAGCUUCUUCGCACUUCAAAGAAAGUUUAAGACCAUCAGAGACUUCAUCUUCAAAGAUUUGAAUUUUUAAAACGGAUUUUGGCACCAGCUAUAUUCCACAGAAUAAUAAAUCUUCUCAGAAUCUCCUUCCAAGACUGCUAUCCAGCAAUCAUGUUGAGCAGCGAAACCAAAAAGACAGGGAAGGGCUCAUGGGCCAGGAACUGAGCUGCAUGGAAUGACAGACAGCAAAUGAAAAGGGAUGUAAUCCGGGAAUCACCUUGAUGUUCAACAGCAUGCAUCAAGCCGAGUGACGAGACAGCUCUUUUGGCAUUGCUGGCAAGGUGAGACCCAAAUAAGUCAUGUCUAUUUAAUACAAUCUGAGCAUCAACUGUGGCAAAGCCAAGAGCAAUAACUAACCAAGGCGAACACGACAUUGCACCUGGAUUGUUCUAUCUCCAAGAGUAAUUUGUGACACUAUUUCAAGUGAUUCCAAUAGAACAUGUUGUUCUCUGCAGAAAUUAUGAUUUGGGAAAACAGGUUAGGGUUCAUGGCAAAUUUUGAGAUGGAAAUAGGAAUGUCAUAAACAAGCAAGAAAUCAUUAAUACGUUCAUAACUGGAAGCCAUAAUAACUGGCAAUUGGACUUCUUUUUUUUUAAUAACACCAAAAAUGCUUAAUAUAGAAACGGGCAAGUCAAGAACACUAAGCCCAAUAAGUACUCAGAAACAAAAUGAGAAUCAAAUGUGUAUAAUGAGCACUAGGAUGUGGUGAGUAUGUGUUGACUUGGGAAAAGCAGUCUCAUGGGUCUGAAAGUUGGAGCCAUGGGUUGUAAGUCAGGCUGUGGGCCUGGCUCUGUGUGAUGCUGGCUAAACUCCCAAUACCUUUUUUAUCCUCAUUAAUUACCCCUCAGUGGUUUAAAAUGCUGGACUUUGGAAAGCACUUUCCAAAGAUCUAAAGAUCUAAAAAUCCUUAGAUAGAAAGAGCAAGUUUCUGAUGGAAGAACCAACUUUCUUUCCUGGGAAGCAUCCAGCCAUAAAAAGCCUAAAAAUAUCUUGGACAGCAUAUAUUUGAGCAGAAAUUCUAUUUUCCCUACUACUCAGAUUAUUCUCAUAUGUAGUUAUCCUAUAUCUUUACGGUUAAAUGGUAGUAGUGUGUGUCUGGUGAAAGAACUGAGAAAUUUCAAUUAUUCACUUCAGGGGAGCAGGAAAAAAAGGAAUGGUAUUGGGAUUGUGAGGCCUUUAAGCCUCCAAAGAAAAAUGGCUAUUCAUAUAAGAUUUUCUGAGAUCGCUGGAUUAAAUUGCCACGUUGGACUAUCUGUUGUGAAACAAAAUGUUGAUAACAUAAUUAAAAUUCUUUAAGUAACAGGGUGCCUGGGUGGCUCAGUUGGUUAA